CCAGAGAUGUAUAAAAGGUUAUAUGUAGCCAAUACUCUUUACACCUGUACUUGCUCAAGAUGAACAACUGGGGAACUGAUGUUUUGUUUAAAUCUGGUAUUGUAAUAGUUGUCCUUAUGUUAUGCCAAGCUAAUAAUAGUCUCCAGUGUUCAUGUCCUGCCGAGUCCUGUAUGGCUAUUGCGGCAUCAAAAGCACGAUGUCAGUGUUGCGUUUUCGUAAUGCUUGGUAAACGCUCAGGUCCGGAGUUGUCCGAUAAAUAUUCUUUACAUUCAACGAGUGCAGCUGGUUCGAUUCCAGAAAAAAGGACGGAUUUCAGAUCUAAGGAUAAUUACAUCGUAAACAGUAUAAGGACAUUAAGACAACUCUCAAACUUUUUUCCGAUAAAACGUUCUAGUGAUUUAUUACAAAUACUAGCCAAUCAAGGUCAAACGCAACAAGACAUUUCCUAUUUGUAUGAUUUGAUGGAUUCAAAUGAAGAUGUAUGGUUAUAG